AUGGAGUCGGAGGAUGAUAUGCACGACGCCAACGAUGUCGAGUCCCUCGACGAUGAUUUCUACAGCGGCGGGACCGAUGAUGCACCCUUGGACUACUACAGCGACUACGACGACGACGCCGAUGAUUACUUCGAAGACGCCGACAGGAUUGAGUCUCGUCGCCCUGAGCAAAACUUUACCAUUUUGAAGGAAUCCGAUAUCCAACAGAGACAGGAAGAGGACAUCACUAGAGUAGCAACUGUUCUUUCCAUAUCAAGAGUUUUAGCAAGCAUACUACUUCGUCACUACAAUUGGAGCGUCAGCAGAGUGCAUGAUGCAUGGUUUGCUGAUGAAGAUCGAGUCAGAAAUGCAGUUGGUUUGUUGGAGAAACCAAUUGUCCAGCAUGAUAAUACUGGAGAGCUUACAUGCGGUAUCUGUUUUGAAAAUUAUCCUCGGGCAAGAAUUGAAAUGGCUUCCUGUGGUCAUCCCUAUUGUAUCACAUGCUGGGAAGGCUAUAUCAGCACAUCCAUUAAUGAUGGUCCCGGAUGUUUGAUGCUGAGAUGUCCUGAUCCCUCUUGUGGUGCUGCUGUUGGUCAAGAUAUGAUUAAUCUUUUAACAUCCGAUGAAGAUAGGCAGAAAUAUACACGUUACCUUCUUAGAUCAUACAUUGAAGAUAAUAAGAAGUCCAAAUGGUGUCCUGCUCCAGGUUGUGAAUAUGCAGUCACGUUUGAUGCUGGUAGUGGUGGCAAUUAUGAUGUCUCUUGCCUCUGUUCAUAUAGCUUUUGUUGGAAUUGCACUGAGGAGGCUCAUCGUCCAGUGGACUGUGGCACUGUGGCAAAGUGGAUUAUGAAGAACAGUGCGGAGUCUGAAAACAUGAAUUGGAUACUUGCGAAUUCAAAGCCAUGCCCCAAGUGCAAGCGACCAAUUGAGAAAAAUCAAGGGUGCAUGCACAUGACUUGCACACCUCCCUGUAAAUAUGAAUUUUGCUGGCUCUGCCUUGGUGUAUGGUCAGACCAUGGUGAAAGAACUGGUGGUUUUUAUGCUUGCAAUCGUUAUGAAACAGCUAAACAAGAAGGAGUGUAUGAUGAUACAGAAAGAAGAAGGGAAAUGGCGAAGAACUCACUAGAGAGAUAUACACAUUAUUAUGAGCGAUGGGCCAGCAAUCAAUCUUCAAGGCAAAAAGCUCUUGCAGAUCUGCAGCAGAUGCAAAAUGUUCAUAUUGAGAAGCUUAGUGACAUACAGUGUCAGCCUGAGUCACAGCUUAAGUUCAUAACUGAGGCCUGGCUACAAAUAGUCGAGUGUAGAAGAGUACUGAAAUGGACAUACGCAUACGGGUUCUAUUUACAGGAGCAUGAGCAUGCGAAAAAGCAGUUCUUCGAGUACUUACAAGGUGAGGCAGAAUCUGGUUUGGAGAGACUUCAUCAAUGUGCAGAAAAAGAACUACAGCCAUUCCUAUGCGCUGAUGACCCAUCUAGAGAAUUCAACGACUUUCGUACAAAACUAGCUGGAUUGACAAGUGUGACUAGAAACUACUUUGAGAAUUUAGUAAGGGCAUUAGAGAAUGGUUUAUGUGAUGUGGAUAGUAAUGGAGCUUCCCUGAGCAGAGCAACGAGCUCAAAAAGUGCCGCUGGGAGUAGUAAGGGGAGAUCCGGAAGAGUAAAGGGAACUUUUCGAACCAGCAUGUCCAGCAGAAUGAAUGAUGAUAGUCAUUGGUGUUGCGAGCAUUGUACCUAUGCAAAUGUCAAAUCUGCCACCACAUGCCAGAUGUGCUAUCAACGGCGAUGA